AUGUCGUCGUCAUCUGCUGCCCCUCAAAAACGGAUUAAGGUAAACAAUCCAAUCGUUGAAUUAGAUGGAGAUGAAAUGACUCGUAUCAUUUGGGCAUGGAUUAAAGAAAUGUUAAUCUUUCCGUAUCUUGAUGUCGAUUGCAAAUAUUAUGAUUUGGGUCUUGAAAAUCGUGAUGCAACCGAUGAUCAGGUUACUAUCGAUGCUGCAAAUGCAAUUCUAAAAUAUAAUGUUGGUAUCAAAUGUGCUACAAUCACACCCGAUGAACAACGAGUCACAGAAUUUUCACUUAAAAAAAUGUGGCUUUCACCAAAUGGAACUAUUCGUAAUAUUCUUGGUGGAACAGUUUUUCGUGAACCAAUUAUAUGCAAGACCAUACCAUUAUUAGUUCCUGGUUGGAAAGAACCAAUUGUUAUUGGCCGUCAUGCAUUUGGUGAUCAAUAUCGAUGUCAAGAUAUGGUCGUUAAAAACCCUGGACGUGUUACUCUUACAUAUACUCCAGCAGAUGGUUCGCCACCAACAGAAGUUGAAGUUUUUAAUUUUAAAAAUUCUGGUGGUGUCACAUUGGCUAUGUAUAAUACCGAUGAAUCUAUAACUGGAUUUGCUCAUUCUUGUUUUCAAUAUGCACUUCAAAAAAACUAUCCAUUGUAUUUGUCAACAAAGAAUACUAUUCUUAAAAAAUAUGAUGGUCGUUUUAAAGAUAUUUUUGAAGAAAUCUAUCAGCAAAAUUAUAAGACACAAUUCGAAGACAAGAAGAUUUGGUACGAACAUCGAUUGAUUGAUGAUAUGGUGGCUCAAGCUCUUAAAAGUAGUGGUGGUUUUGUUUGGGCGUGUAAAAAUUAUGAUGGUGAUGUUCAAUCGGAUAUUGUUGCACAAGGUUAUGGUAGUCUUGGUCUUAUGUCGUCUGUACUUAUUUGCCCGGAUGGUAAAACAAUUGAAUCUGAAGCUGCUCAUGGUACUGUAACACGUCACUAUCGAGAACAUCAAAAGGGAAAAGCAACAAGUACAAAUCCAGUAGCUAGUAUAUUUGCAUGGACACGUGGCCUUGAACAUCGUGGUAAACUUGAUGGAAAUGAAGAACUUCAACGUUGGUGUCGUUUAGUUGAAGAAGCUUGUGUUGAAACAGUUGAUUCACAAAAGAUGACGAAAGAUUUAGCUAUUUGCAUUCAUGGCCUUAAAAAUACUAAGGAAGGCAUGUAUUUGAAUACAAGAGAGUUCAUUACUGAAGUAAAAGCAACACUUGAUAAAAAGCUCAAUGCUGCGAAGUAA